GAUAAGAUAGACUUAUUUGUCCAUUUAUCGUCUCCGUUUGCGCUUGUAGUGUAUAUUUCAUGUGUUGUGUUGCUUUCUAAAUUUUAAAUCAUGAUUUUCUUGAAAGGAACUAGGAUAAUUAGCAUGAAAAUGCACCCAACGCAGUUUCUGAAAGCGAUGGCGUACUCGUCGAAGGUUUCCCUCAACGAGGUGGUGAUCGCGUCGGCAGUGAGGACACCCAUCGGAUCCUUCAGGAACAGCCUAGCGAGCCUUUCAGCCACUGAACUGGGCGCUGUUGCCGUUAAAGGAGCCAUCGAAAGAGCCGGCAUUCCUAUGGAAGAAAUUAAAGAGGUAUACAUUGGCAAUGUGUGUGGUGCCAACCUUGGGCAAGCUCCUGCCCGCCAAGCUGUUAUAUUUGCUGGUCUUCCAAAAAGCACUAUUUGCACAACAGUGAACAAAGUUUGCUCAUCAGGCAUGAAAUCUGUCAUGUUAGCAGCCCAAGGCCUCCAAACUGGAGCCCAGGAUAUCAUCUUAGCUGGAGGAAUGGAAUCUAUGUCAAAUGUACCAUUCUAUUUGAAGAGAGGUGAGACCACAUAUGGUGGCAUGCAACUUGUUGAUGGCAUAGUUUUUGAUGGCCUCACUGAUGUUUACAAUAAGUUCCACAUGGGAAAUUGUGCUGAGAACACAGCUAAAAAACUAGAAAUAUCAAGAUUGCAACAAGAUGAAUAUGCUAUUUCUAGCUACAAGAGAAGUGAAGCAGCAUACCAAGCUAAAGUUUUUGCUGAUGAAAUUGUACCAGUCCCAGUGCCACAAAAAAGAGGUGCACCAGUGUUAUUUACUGAGGAUGAAGAAUACAAAAAAGUGAACUUUGAAAAAUUCAAUAAACUUGCAACAGUAUUCCAAAAGGAAAAUGGUACAGUCACUGCUGGAAAUGCCUCAACGUUGAAUGAUGGUGCUGCAGCUUUAAUACUAAUGACAGCUGAUGCAGCAGAGAGACUAAAAAUCAAACCUCUAGCUAGGAUAGUAGGGUUUGCAGAUGGAGAAUGUGACCCCAUUGACUUCCCUAUUGCUCCUGCAGUUGCUAUCCCAAAACUACUCAAACAAACUGGGGUAAAGAAAGAGGAUGUAGCUCUCUGGGAAAUCAAUGAAGCAUUCAGUGUUGUAGCAGUUGCAAAUCAGAAAAUCCUUGGAUUAGACCCUGCGAAAUUAAAUGUACAUGGAGGAGCUGUGAGUUUGGGACACCCUAUUGGCAUGUCGGGAGCCAGACUUGUAGUACAUUUGUGCCAUGCACUGAAGAAGGGUGAAAAAGGAGUAGCAGCUAUUUGUAAUGGUGGUGGUGGAGCUUCAUCUAUUAUGCUUGAAAAAUUGUAAGUAGGUUUUUCUCGGCAAAUUUAUUAUUUGAGUUUUCCUUCUACUUUAAAAUAAAUUCUACCAGGGCAUAAUAUAAUAGCUCAUGAAAGAUUUUUUAAUCGUAUUUACCACUUUAUAAUGUAACUCAUUUAAUAAUCUUACUUUGUAAAAUAGAAGGAAGAUAAAUGUGUUCAUAACAGUAGCACUCUUGUAUGAUGUAGUCUUACCUGUGGUGCCUUUUUACUUAUUUGCUGUAUAACAGUGAACAUUUUAUAAGAUUCCAUAGCUUUAAGCUCAAUUGUUGUAAUAAUAUAUAAAAGAUUUAUAUAAGACAGAUUAUGUAAAUAAUAAAUCCU